GUUUUUCUAUAAACCGUGUGUAAAGUUAUGUGGCUUUAUUAAACAUUGUCAUAGUGUGUGAUCUGAGCCCGGAAGUGUUCACCGAGGUGCUCACUCGUUAGUUCAGCUAAGACUGAACUUCAUGUUCCAUAGUUCCGUGCGCUCCUGUCGGCCCUUCGCUACUACUUCCUCCUGUCUUGCGCAAGCUCACAUCGUUGUAGAAUGCGGAUUUCGAAGCUAACACGAAUAGCUAGCCAGUAAGCUAAAAACAAGGUUCUUGUCUUUAGGCUUUAAACUGGAAAAAUGUCUAAAACACACUCACAGCCGCCGUCAACUUCGGCGGCGACGUCUACCGGGGGACCCUCCUCGUCCUCUUCGUCUUCGCCCGCAGGGGGCUCGACAUCUCCCGCUACCGUGUUGAACAUACAGCCCGAGAAACCUCAACAUUACACAUACCUGAAGGAAUUCAGAACCGAGCAGUGCCCCCUGUUUGUGCAGCAUAAAUGUACACAGCACAGGCCUUUCUCCUGUUUUCACUGGCACUUUUUGAACCAGCGGCGCCGGCGGCCCAUCCGCAGACGGGACGGGAUGUUCAACUACAGCCCAGAUGUUUACUGCACCAAAUAUGAUGAGGGAACGGGCACCUGUCCUGAUGGAGACGAGUGUCCGUUUCUCCAUCGGACAGCAGGUGACACUGAGCGCAGGUAUCACCUCCGCUACUAUAAAACAGGAUCGUGUAUCCACGAAACUGAUGCAAAGGGCCACUGCAGUAAAAACGGCUCCCACUGUGCCUUUGCACACGGGUCACAUGACCUGCGCAGCCCUGUCUAUGACAUCAGGGAGGUGCAGGUGAUGGAGUCUCAGGGAGGCUCGGGGGCCUCGGAGGCCGGAGGAGGGGGAGGAGGAGGAGGAGACGGGCAGUCGGGACAGGCAGCGAGUACGGCCCUCAUAGAGAAGAUCCUGAGUGAGGAGCCGCGCUGGCAAGAUAACAACUACGUGCUGUCUCACUACAAGACGGAGCUCUGUAAGAAGCCGCCUCGUCUGUGUCGUCAGGGUUACGCCUGUCCAUAUUACCACAACAGCAAAGACAGGAGGCGGAGCCCGCACAAGCACAAAUACAGAGCGCUGCCGUGUCCAGCUGUGAAACAGAGCGAGGAGUGGGGAGACCCCAGUAAAUGUGAGGGAGCAGAGGGAUGUCAGUACUGUCACACCAGAACAGAGCAGCAGUUCCACCCAGAGAUCUAUAAGUCCACUAAGUGUAACGACAUGCAGCAGAGCGGCAGCUGUCCCAGAGGACCCUUCUGUGCCUUCGCUCAUGUAGAAAAGUCCUUUGUUCCUGAAGAACCAUCAUUCCCCACCCCCAGCUCUCCUCCGCCUCCCAGACCUCCAGACCUUAUUCCUGCCCAGGAGGGCUCUUCAAGUCCCAGUGGACACAACAUGGGGUCAAGACCUGGUUCUGUGUCAGACCCGUUCUCCCCGUCUGCAGGGCCAUGUGUUGCGGAGCAGGGGCUGCUGGGUAGCGUUCUGUCCCUGUGUGAGGACGUGGGCGGAGGGUCUGGGCCUCUGUCUCCGUGGGCGGGGGAAGGAGGGUAUGGCAGGGCUCCUGGAUUUGAGAGGGAGGAUCAGGCCAAGCAGAGGAGUUUUGCUCUGGAGCAGCGAAACAGAGAACUGGCCUCAGCACAAAGUAAACAGGACCUGCUGGUGUUCCUGCCGGUGGGCAGUCCUCUGAGUCUGUCCUCCAGCAUCCCCUCCAGUCUGGCUGCCACCCCGCCAAGCCCCGCCCCUCUCGGAAACCUGGGGUCCAGCAUUUCCUCAGGCAUGAACGCUAACGCCCUGCCCUUCUACCCCACCAGUGAGACCGUGGAGUCGGUUGUUGAGUCGGCUCUGGAUGAUCUCGACCUCAAUGACUUUGGUGUGUCUGCGUUGGAGAGGAGGCUGGAGAGCAGCUCCACUGUGGGAGUGAUGCUGGGAGGCAGCCAGCUCCAGAGUUCUGCUCCAGUCAACAUCCCAGGCUCUUUCAGCAGCUCUGCUCCCUUCAGCUCCCCGUCACCGUCUCCUCCAAUCAGGCCGCACGCGUCACCUUUCUUCUCUCACCUCUCCCAGCCCGGCCAAUCGGAGGGCUCCUUCUUAGGGCCGUCUCACGGCUCUUUAGGUCUGAACGGUAUGAACACUAACAUCUGGGAGCACUUUCCCUCCGCCCAGGGCUCCCCCGGCACGCCCCCCACCCUGCUGCCGUCUGGCCCCUGUGCAGAGACUGGCAGGCUCAAACAGGAGCUGGAGGAGGCCCACAGGGCCCUGAAGCAGUGGGGCCACAGCUGGAGACACACAGCUCAGUCCUGGGCUGCAGUGAAGGCUGACGCCGAGGAGUCUCGUGCCCACGCAGCUCGAUUAACCAUGGAGGCGGAGAGAGCGAGGCAGGCCGAGGAGGAGGCUCAGCGGCAGGCCGCUCUCCUGCAGGAGGCGCUGGAGAGCUUGAGGAGCGGAGACAACCCCCAUCUAGCGCUGCACCAACUCCAGCUCCUGCACAGACUGCCCCUGGAGUCGGUCCUCAGUCUGCAAGCUCAGCUCUGCAGCUGCCUCCACGCUGUAGAACAGGUGGUGUACAGGAAGCAAAGACAGUGCUGCGUGACGUGUGGAGAGCCCGGCUCGGUGUCUCUGCCCUGUGGUCAUGGACUACAGUGCGAGAGCUGCUCCAGCUCUACCGAGUGCCCCCUCUGCCCUGAACAGACCCUGGAUCAGCAGCUCUCUUGACCUCACGGCCCAGUGGGACUGCCACAGACCACAGACCAGUCAGUCCUGAUUCCACAGAAACCAGCCUCGGAUCUGAACCGCCUUCAGAACUACGUGGAGGUCUUUUUCUAACAUGUAUUUAAAGAUGACGUUUAUGACCAGCUGAGGGCGCUCUGGUCUCUAAAUGUGGGAUGAAUCAGUUUCCAGUGUUACCAUUGAACACCAGUAGGUUUUUAUUACAUUAAGCUCUCGACCAGCGGCACUGUUCUUCACCAUGUUCUUGAACGUAACUUAAAGACCUGCUGUUAUUUCUUCUCUAAGAAAAACCAUAAAACACACACACACAGUUCUGAACCACGUUUAAAGCCUAAACAAACACCUGAGCGUUUCAGUGUCAGAGCUGUGGCACAGGUGAGCUCUCUGUCCAGAAAUCAACACUUACCUGUGACAAUCAGUCGGGAGCAGGUUUAAACAAGCUCCCUGUGUCUGCUGUUUGUGAAUGAAGCACAGACAUGAAUGUUAAACUGCAGGUUGUCUCAGUGUGAGAUCAUCAGUGACUGUGAUUUCUGGAGGAGGAGGUGACGUGGUGUGAACAGACAGGUGACUCCAGGUUCAGCAGGUUUUUAUUGAGACGUGUCUGAACAAAAACAACAACAACAACAACAACAGGUGUGAAACAGUCAUUCACAUUGAUCCAGACAGUAAUCUGAUACAGCCUCUUAUUUUCAUUCUGAUUUUCUUAAAAUAGUUUUUUAGCCGAAGAAAUAAAGAAGGUGAAUUCUGUUAAUAAAGAGAGAAGAUAUUUAAAGUGUAGUAAAUGUGUGUAACAGACGGCUUCUGUUCAAGCUCAGGUUUAACAAACUGGAAACAUGUUAACAAUCAGUCUCUCAAAUUACAUCUUUUUUUUUACUUCAUAAAUUUUCAUGUCAUUUUUGUUUAAACUCAUCGUGUGUCAGGUUUUUACAUCUGUAGUAAUCGUUGACAUUUCACAGUGUGUCAAAUGUAGUCUAAUAUAUAUAUUAUAUAUAUAUAUAUAUAUUAUAUAUAUAUAUACCCAUAGUUACGUGAUGUCAUACUUAUCUCUUGCACUGAUUAGAAACAAAGCAUCAGGAAGCGAACAUGUACAGGUGUGUGAGGUGGAAAUGCAGGUGAACAUGAUCAUGACCCAGUGUUUCCUCUGAGUGGACGUCUCUGUGUUUUUUGGUACAGAUCAUUAAACAAAUUGUAUAUUUUUGGAGAAGAA